AUGGAGGAGAGCAAGAGGUCCACUGCUUUGAUUGACAAGUGGGUCUAUCCUGCUAUUACUUCAGUUUAUUCAGAAGUUCUCAGAAACUCCGUCGCUCCAGCUCUCCCGAUUAGAGGAGCCCCAGCGGAUGGAGGGCGACACGGGCACGCCGAUCCCGCUCCCCCAGCGGUCAGCGUCGACGGUGGCGCGGCAUCCGCCACGCCCGAGGAGAGCGCGGCCGUGGCGGCGGACGCUGUCGCCGAGAUUGCCAAGCGCCUGACCGUCGACACGGACGACGCCAACACCGGUCCCAUCAAGCUCGACGACGCGGGCGGCAACGUCUACAGCUGCAAGCACUGCCACGCGCACCUCGGCCUCGCCGCCGACAUCGUCUCCAAGGCCUUUCAUUGCAAGAACGGGAAGGCUUACCUCUUCAAUAAGGUUAUCAACGUGACUGUUGGAGUAAAAGAAGAUCGCAUGAUGAUCACAGGGAUGCAUACUAUUUCUGAUAUCUCCUGUGUCGGCUGCGGAUGCACUGUUGGAUGGAAAUAUGAAGUUGCACAUGAGAAGAGCCAGAAGUACAAGGAAGGAAAAUAUAUUCUGGAGAGGUAUAUGUUGUCGGGGCCUGAUGGAAGCCAUUACUCAGUUACAAAUGAUGCUCACGUGGCCGGAAGCGACGCGGAUGAUGUAUGAAGCACAAUUCAACAGGCUCAAACUUGUUCAUCCCCUGUAAAUAGCCUGGAUUACCGAGGGUUGCUCCCAUCCAAAGUAUCCCCGGCGUAAAUUGUUACUCCUGGUGAACUAGUAUUCCCUCCCAUCUUCCGGGGAAGUUGUUGGAGAUUUAGUAUAUUGCCGUCAGUAUAUGCAUGCAACCUAUGCUGCCUGAAGCCAAUAAAAGUUGUUUCAAAGCGUAUGUACAUCAGGGCGUGCCCUGCUAGAUGUUGAAGGAUCUGAAUUCGCGUUGGGUUCCAGGUCAUGCUAAAAAUUGACGCUUGAAAUUCUUCUGAACUUGUGGCGCUACUAGCAACAUUUCAAUUUGAUAUAUCUUUAGCUCAA